UGUUUUUUUUUGAUUCUGCUAAGCUACAAAGUAUUUCUUCCUUCCCCAAGGGUGAUGAAGGCCGGGGAGGGUGGGGCGGUUGUUUUGUGCAGUAAUAAUAGCGAGGAGGCAGCGGCAGAGUCUCCUAGGAGUUUGUGUGCGGCUCACAUUGAAUCGGCUACGCCAACCCAAUCCACAAAAUCAGGAUUCCAGAAGGGCGAAGAGGAAAUAUUGACUAGCUUGCCUUUAGGUAGCGUUUGGUCAUCUGUCUUAGGGUCGCAUUGUAUCGUAAAUAUUUCAUUAUCUGAAGUCCCUCAUAACGAGCCUAGUGAUGUGUGUUUUGAAGACAACUCUGCAGAAAAAUUGAUACCUUCCAAUAAACCAAUGAGGAUGAAUGAAGAGAAGGUCAUUGAGACCAUAGCAUGGGCUCCAACCAUGUUCACGAAAUCCGCCGGGCGUUCGAUAUGUAUUCUUGAAGAGCGUCUAAUCAGAAAGGAUUCAUCAUAUGAUCUUUUUUUAUUUUCGAAUUCUUCCACUGGAUCCAAGACUCGUGAAACGCUGCUACUCAAUGCUCAGAACUCAACCCCAUGGAAUGGGUCAAGUCCAUCUGAGGUGGAACCUUCACUGUGUUAUAACCCAAUGGGCCCUAAUCCUGACCACAAAGAGGGUCAAGACAGGGUAAGGUGUGUGCAGAGGCCGUCGUGGCGCUUUCGAGCACGUACGGCUGCUGUGCCACAUGAGGACUUUUAUCUAUUCUAAUCGAAAAGUAUGGGACCACAGGGAACCUUCGGGUGCCUGAGCGACGUUUUUCAUAUGUGGAUGAGGUUGGGUGAUCGAAUCAUCCACGAAGGCAAUGCUCUUUUGGGCGCGUGAGAACCCCGGGGAGUGGUGAUGUCAUUUCCACCAGAACCUUGGACUUUACGGGUAUGCUCGAGUGGUUUACUAGUGCAGUUGACGACAGGAUGGAUUGAUCAUUUCUAUGGAAUGCCUUUUUGUAUCAGAAAAAAAAA